AUGAAAGUUGGAAAUGGAAGCACAACCUCUUUCUGGUUUGAUUCAUGGUCGCCUAUGGGUAGACUACAUGAUCUUCUUGGACCUCGAGGAUGUAUUGAGAUGGGCAUUCCAGCUAACUCAACAGUCUGUAUGGUCAUGACCGGUAGGAGACGGCAGCGACAUCGCAUAGAUGUAUUUAAUGAAGUUGAAACUCUAAUUGAUGCGCAAAGGGAGAAGAUGACAUUGGUGCAGGAUCAGGCUCUCUGGAAACAGGGCACUGAUAAGUUCAAAUCUAUUUUCGUGACAAAGUUCACAUGGGAGCUAACACGAAAGCAUGAGGCACCAGUCACAUGGUGGAAGGUGAUAUGGUUCCAACACUGCACUCCGAAGUAUGCUUUCUUACAUUGGGUUGCAAUUCAUAAUAGGCUGUCCACAGGAGAUAGAAUGCUUGCUUGGAAUGCAAGUGUGAAUCCAUCUUGCAUAUUAUGUCAUGACCCUUUGGAGACUCGGGAUCACCUGUUUUUCGAGUGUGCUUACUCAUCUGAGGUUUGGUCGCUUCUUAUGUCUAGUCUGCUCCAAGGGAGGUACACUACAAAAUGGUCGGAACUGGUGGACCUGAGUAUGGAGACAAAUCAAGGUUUUCUUGAAGUUUUUCUUAUAAAGUACACUAUCCAAGCAACAAUAUAUUCGCUUUGGAAAGAAAGAAACGAAAGGAGACAUGGGGCUACUCCCAUUGCAGCAGUAGCGCUUGCAAGAAUGGUGGAUCGCCAAGUUCGGAAUAGAUGCUCAGCUUUUCGCCAACAAGGAAACUACAAAUUUGCAGCGGCGCUCUCUUUGUGGUUUGCCACAAGAUAA